AUGCGUCCCACAAGCCGCCUGCUCCAAAAUAUCCGAAUCACUCUCUUUGCACGCGUCAAUUGCUCUCUUUGUGAUACGGCGAAGAACACUAUAGCGAAGCUAGCGGAUAAGAAACCAUUUCUAUAUUCAGAAAUUGAUGUUAUGGUCCCACAGAAUAAAACGUGGAAGGACGUUUACGAAUUUGAUGUACCCGUUCUUCAUGUCCAACGGGUUUUGUCCAAGGCCAACGAUGACCGCAAAACGCUCUCCAAUCCGAAAAAGCUAUUCCAUCGAUUUACAGAGGAGGAGAUCGAGAAGGCAAUGAAGGAAGUUGCAGAAUCGAUAUGA